CUCGUCCCUCCUCAACCCUCCCUCACCCCCACCUCCUUCCUGCCUCACUGCUGAUGACUUUGUUACCUACUUUACCCAGAAAGUGAAGGACAUUAGCUCCUCUUUUAUUAUUAACUCCAUUCUCCCUCCUCCCAUCCCCUCAUCUGUCUUUACUAAAUUAAGCCCUCUCACCUCUGACGAGGUCAACAGAAUAAUAACAUCUAACCAUGCCACCACCUGCCCCCUUGACGCUAUCCCCUCCUCUCUCCUCCAGGAUGUCUCAAGCGAGAUCCUGCCAUUUCUCACCUCAAUUUUCAACUCCUCCCUCACUUCCGGCAUUGUUCCAGCGUCUUUCAAGACUGCCAGAAUAAAGCCUCUCCUCAAAAAAACAACUCUUAAUACCACCGACAUCCAGAACUACAGACCGGUAUCUCUUCUUUCAUUCCUGUCUAAAACACUGGAACGUGCCGUUGCUAACCAACUGUCCUCCUAUCUCUCAUCUAACAACCUCCUUGACCCUCACCAGUCAGGUUUCAAGAAGGCACACUCCACCGAGACGGCUCUCCUCGCUGUGACUGAGUCCCUCCGUGCUGCCAGAGCCUCGUCCCUCUCAUCGGUUCUUUGCUUUUUCUAUCACUGCUAUGCUGACGACACUCAUUCUCUCGACGCUAUUUCUCUCUUUCCCCUCAUCUGAUAAAACCCUGAUUGCAACACGCAUAUCGGAAUGUCUGGCGGACGUCAGCACCUGGACAACUGCCCAUCACCUGAGGCUUAACCUCAACAAAACCGAGCUCCUCCUAAUCACAGGGAAAGAUUGCCCACACAUGGACUUACUGGUCACCGUCGAGAACAUCACUGUUUCUCCCUCUCCAACUGCCAGAAACAUCGGUGUGAUAUUGGACAAUCGGUUAUCCUGCACUGCAAACAUCACUGCGGUCGCCCGAUCCUGCAGAUUUGCACUUUACAACAUCCGCAGAAUCCGGCCCUUCCUCACAAUGGAAGCAGCUCAGCUUUUAGUCCAAUCACUGGUCAUCUCCCGCCUCGACUACUGCAACUCACUCCUGGCUGGACUUCCUGCCUCUGCGAUUAAACCUUUGCAGCGCAUCCAGAAUGCGGCAGCGUGCCUCGUGUUCAAGCUACCGAAGUUCUCCCAUGUGACCCCCCUCUUCCGGGACCUCCACUGUCUCCCUGUAGUAGCUCGCAUCAAAUUUAAGACGAUGGUACUGGCAUACAAGGCAGUCGAUGGAACUGCCCCUGCCUACCUCCAAGCAUUGCUAAAGCAACACACCCCAGCUCGAUCCCUCCGCUCAACUACCUCAGCUGGACGCCUGGUACCGCCAUCGCUAAGAGCUAGCAAAGGCCGUUCAGCAAAGUCACAACUUUUCUCGGUUUUGGGACCUCAGUGGUGGAACAAGCUCCCUGCCGCUCUCAGGACCGCAGAGUCGCUCACUAUCUUCCGAAAAGGACUCAAGACUCACUUGUUCAGAGUCCACCUCAACACUGCAUAGCCACCCUCCCCCUUCUGGCCACCAUUGUACACUGUAUUGUAUAGGCCACAGUACGUGCGGCUGCAGAGCAGCCUGUCAGAUGUGGUGACGAGCAACACUGGCGCACCCCAAGGAACAGUACUUUCACCCUUCCUUUUUACCAUCUACACCUCUGAUUUCAGCUUCAACUCUGGAACCUGCCAUCUCCAGAAAUUCUCAGAUGACUCCUCCAUCGUGGGCUGCAUCAGUGAGGACAGGGAGGACGAGUACAGAGGUGUGGUGGAGGACUUCGUCAGAUGGUCUGAGGAGAACCACCUCCAACUCAACAUCGGCAAGACCAAGUGGUGGUGGACUUCCGCCGGAAGAGGAAGCCCCCAACCCCUAUUACCAUCCAGGGGGUUUAAAUUGAGACAGUGGAUUGGUAUAAGUUCCUUG